AUGAAAUUCUCAUCUUUAUUAAAUUUCGCAGCUACUGCUCUCACAGUAUUCAAAACUUCUGAAGCCGCCUACAGUGCCACCGGUAAGAACAAUGCGGUUUAUUGGGGUCAAGGUUCUGGUCAAGAAUCUUUGGCUACUUACUGUAAAGCUGGAAAUAUCGAUAUUGUCAUGCUUAGUUUCUUGAGAGACUGGGAUGCCUCCAGUGCUUCUUUCAACUUCGGUAACGCCUGUGGUACCGAUGGUACUUGUCCUCAAAUUGCAGAAGAUAUUGUAACUUGUCAAAAUUUGGGUAUCAAAGUUUUGCUUUCUCUUGGUGGUGAUAAAACCCUUGGUACUUACGGUGUUCUGUCUGAUGCUGAAGGUGCCAACGCUGCUAAAGUUAUUUACAACAUGUUCCAUCCUAAAGGUUCCGCCUCUGUCAAGCCAUUUGGCACUGCAGAAAUCGAUGGUCUUGACUUUGAUAUUGAAAACGAUAACCAGAAUGGUCUCGCUAGUUUGGUAGUCGAGAUCAGAAAAUUAUGGACCACAAAGACGUUGCUUAUUAGUGCCGCUCCACAGUGUCCAUACCCAGAUAAGAAUGUUUACAAGAUGUUGGAAGAUAAAAACGCUAAGGUUGAUAUUGCCUGGGUCCAAUUCUACAAUAACCCAGCUUGUUCUUUCAACAACGAUGCCGGUUUCAAGAGUUCUUGGGCAACUUGGUACGAUUUCGUCACUACUAAAUCUGGUAACUCCAACAUGAAAAUUUAUAUUGGCGUUGCUUCUUCUACUUCUGAUUCUGAUUAUUUUGUUGACGCCUCCACUACUGCCACUAGAUCUGCUUCCAUGUUAACCCAAAAAUCCUUUGGUGGCUUCUGUUUGUGGGAUGCCAGCUCCGGUACUGCCAAGGUCACUAAUGGUGUCACAUAUAUUCAAAGCUUGAAAAAUAUUUUGGAAAGCAAAUCUGUCACCAAGAGAUUUUUGAAUGGUAUUAACAGAGCUUUCACUGUCAUUUCCCCAUAA